AAGUAAUCAAGUAAACAGUAUCUGUUUUGCAAUUCCAUUUGGUAGCACUAGUGGUGCAUAAAUUACACACUACAUGUUUAAGAGAUUUUUUAAAGGUUAUUUUUUUACCACCAGCAACACACAUAAUUCUAACUUCAGCAACCAUGAGAAAUGCAUAAUGCAACGCAAUUAAAUUGCGUUCUUUUUCUCUUGUCUCUCUCUUUCUCUUCUACACCUGCCCCUGCCAGCUCCACCAAAGCAGAGGGGAGAUGUUACAGAUGAUCUCCUCUGUUCCUUUGCUUUACUGCUCUUUCUCACUCUUCCUGUCUCUGUUUUCCCACCCUGGCCUAAUUAAAUCGCUACAUCUGCCAUAACCGCCUCAGAACGAGUCAUGAAAAUGUGAUAAACUGGAGGCUCCUCAGUGCGACGCUAUUUCAUUAUAUUACACUGAAAUCAAACUAGUUGUUUUGCACAAUGCGCUCCGUGCGCGCUUUAUUAAAUAAAAACCCUCCAUAAAAUGAAAUCCAGGGUUUUAUUACAUUUCAGUUCUUAGGUAUUGUUUGUGUAAAUCUGUCUUCCUCUCUCAGGUGAUUCAUCGGUGCGCUGCGAGCAGUUGGAUAUGCUGCUGGAGUGGGGAGCAGAGUUUAAGAGGGCCACCUCGGGUCCCAUGGACGAGGAGAAGGUUCUGGAAGAUCAGGUGGCCUUCGAUGUCAUCCUUGGAGACCUCAACUUUGACAACUGCUCCUCAGAGGAUAAGCUGGAACAGCAGCAUGUCCUCUUCACUCAUUAUAAAGACCCCUGUCGUCUCGGUCCUGGAGAAGACAAACCGUGGGCUUUGGGUACACUGCUGGACACGAGUGGUCUGUAUGAUGAGGAAGUCAGCUCACCAGAGAGCCUACAAAAAGUUAUGGAGAAUGAAGAAGGGAGAAAAGAGUACUUGGUGUUCCCUGCUAGCAAGAACCAUUGUCCCAGCCAGAAGGGGCGCAAAAUCCCCCUGAAAGGCAAUGGCAGGAGAAUCGAUUACAUCCUUUAUAAAGAGGAAGGCCUGCAGCAAGACUGGAAAGUGGAUAUAGAGGAGUUCAGCUUCAUCACUCAACUUGCUGGAUUGACUGACCACCUCUCAGUGGCUGCAAGAUUGGUUGUGUCAACUGGAGAAGAGGAGACUUAGGACCCGGCCAUAAUUCAAAAAAUCAAUGCCACGGAGAGAGAGGGGAGAGGCAAAGAGAGAGCGAGAGAAGUGAGUGAAAGGAAAAACAGCAGGAGGAGGCAUUCGUCAAGCUUCCCGACAGAUGAGGGCAGGGUGAUUGAGAGGGUUGGUAAGUCAUAAAAAACGAUGGAAGACAUAGAUGGAGAACACAGACAAGAGAGGGGGGUGAAGGAAAGGAGAAAACCACCAAUCAGCUCAAAGCAGCGUAAAGGUGUGAGAUUUUGUGAACCUUGGUUCUCCAUCCACCCCUGGACUCUCCGUGUUUACAUCUGAUCUGAAGAACAAAAUUAAAGAUUUACUCACCUUUGCACUUCUGAAGCUUCUCUGGGGCCCUUGAAGGGGUGGAGGCCAUUUUCUGGUGCCAUGACCCGGAUAUCCAAAUGAAGGCUGUUGCAUGGAAGAAUGCGUACAUUGACUGUUCCAGUCGUCCUGUCACACAAUAUGGACAAGGACGUGUACGUCUGUGUGUUUAAAGUUAGUCCACCGCAAGAUCUAUCCCUCAGCAUUCUUCAAAAGACCUCAGCAAGUGUCUUUCUUUUCUAACGUCUUUCUAAGGUUUCUAUGGCCUCGCGCCAUCUUUUUAGGGAGUUUAUAUACUGAUAUACAAUACUGAUCAAGGUUGCAUUGUAUGGCCUCAUGUAACACUAAGUUAAACGAUUGAGAACAUGUUUUGUUGACCGCUGGGAUACAAUGAUCAAGUCCUGAAGUAUGGCAGUGGCGUCAUCACUGCAAACUACGGGAAAACUGAGCAAUUCAUGGGGAUUUAACCCCAAACUCUUGGUUGAUGCAUGUUUCUCAGUGCACUGCCAUGUUUGUCAUGGCCUGCAUGUUUGAUGUGAACCCCCGAAACGCAAUUAACAGGCUAUUUUUCACACACAAGCCCCCUCCCCUAACACUUUUCCUUCUUGCAGUAUUGCUGUGGCUCCAUCACAGGAGAAUGAUGUCGUAAAAGGCAUCGCAGUGUUCACUGUUUACAUAUUUGAGCCAAGAUUGUCAUCCCCUGCAAAUGUUUACACACUUAUCAGGCAACGGUACCCCAAGAACUACCCAGGUAGACCCACCGAAGCUCGCUCUUCAUGUGUUAACACAAUUGCUUUUAUACUCUCUAAAAUUCUCUUGUUAUAAGUUGUUAUUAUUGCUAUUAUUGUUAUUAUUAUCAUUAUUCUUAUGAUUACUAUGGUUCGUAGAUUUGACAUUAUGUGCUUUUUACAAAUGACUACAUUCCCCAUGAUGCAUUUAUCUGCUUUUUGCUGUGUUAGAGGUUUACAGCUAUGUAGUGUAGAGCUCCGCCCUGUUUUGACUGACAGACUAAUUGGCCAAUCAGUAUGCCUAUAAACAACUUUAGAAUUACCAUAUCAAAUGCUGUGUUCCGUUCAGUUCUGAAUGCGCAAGGGAAUGCAACUGAAGCACCAGAUCCAAAAGGCACUCGGUUGUGUUAAUGGUUUUUGCAUGCGCAUUCUCUGUAGAUGUGGAAAUACAUACUAAAAUACAAUAAUAAUAAUAGAAACCAUUUCUUCAUCAUUGGUUUGAAAGGUUCUGAGCAUGGCGAGUAACUCUUAAGACUUGGAUCUUUUUAGUGAAUCAACAACAAAUAUGAGAGAUGCUUUUGAGUCUUUUUGGUCAAUCAAAAACAUGCAACGCAUGCACUAAAGUUCGGUUCCUGAAUGAUUGACUCUUUUGAGUCAAUUAUUUUUGUUGAAUCAAAAACAUACGGCACAACAAGGGAAAUCCAGUUACCUGAAUGAAUGACCCUUUAGAGUAGAUUCUUUUUGUUGAAUCAAAAAAAAUACAGUGCAACCAGGGAAGAUUGUUUCCUGAAUAAAUGACUCCUUUCAGUUGAUUCUUUGAUUUAUAAAUCAACUCAAACACAUGACUCUUGAUUUUGUUCUUUUUGGUGAAUCAAACACAUGCAGCUUAUUGCAACUUAUAGAGAGAUUUAUAACAGCAUAGUUACGACGAUUGUUCAUCGUGUUUUUAGGAAUCGGAUUUUAUUGCUUGCACCGUAUGUUUUUGAUUGACCAAAAAUAACUGAUUCAAAAGCAUCACUCAUAUACAUAGUUGAUUCACUAAAAAGAACCGACUCUUAAGAGUUACUGCCCAUGACAAUGUCUAGUUAAAAACACAUUUUACAUGAGUUUUGUCAGUA